AUGUACGACAACUUUGGUGACAGUUCAACAAUGCAGUACAACACUGCUGGAAAUGGCUACGCUCAGCAGCAGCCGCAGCAACCUCCAUUCAUUGGUCGAAGCUACUCCCAGUCGAGCCAGUCAUCAGGCAGCAUGUACGGCAAUGCAGUCUCUGGGAAGUCACCUCUUUCCAGUGGUAUGAUGAACACUGCCGAUCUGCUCACUCCCCCGCUGAGCAGUGGCGGCACUCCCACUCAGGGCAACUGCUGUCGUUCAGGCUCAAUCGGCGGCUCAAGCAGUGCAGGUCGCAUGUCAGCCACUCCGAACACAACUGGCGCAGCAUGUUACCCACAGGACAACUUCAACUCCAACUCAUUUAGCUCUGAGGGAAUGGUUUCAGGGCACACUUACCAGAACAGUGGAAGCUUUGAUGACUUUCUCAGUCCACCCUCCUCCAUUUCUUCUUCCAACUCAAACUUUUCUGGCUACAUGAACAGUGGGGGAAACAUGUGCGGCGUUGAUCAGCAACAGCAACAGCAGCAGCAGCAGCAGCAUCAGUCUUCUGCCACCACCCAACGAGGUCAGCAGGCGAGCACCCCUGCAUCUGCCUCCAUGGCCAAUGCUUCCUCAUUUUACCUGCACACUCCCUCCCCUUCGCCCUCUUCCCUGUCGCACUCACCUGCAUCGGCGCCGGUGUACGGCAACACUGCCGCCGCCGUCUCUUCCUCCUACAACAACAACAUGUCAUCAUCAUCGCAGACCCCCUCAAACAACCACCAGUACCAAACUAACUUUAGCAAUGCCUUUCCCAACUCCGCUGAUCUGACCGGCAACAACAACAACAGCAGCAGUGGCAACUCUGCAGCAAUGGUCAACCAGUCGCCCAGUCACUCAUCGUACCAAGCACAGCCAUCACACCAGUCAAAGUCAACCUUUCCUCAAAGUCAUGCAUCAUUUGCUUCCCAGCAACAACAGCAGUCAAUGCGCCCAGUUCAAUCUCAGACUGUUUCCUACAACAACAACAGUCAGUCAAUGCAGUACGGCAAUGCAUACGAUGGCAGUGGGUAUUUUGACCAGCACAACACCGAGUCCGCCUACCCAGCGGCCAGUGGUCGCAGUGCAGCUGCAAAAUCAGUUGGUCCAUCAGCCGCAUCAGCUGUCUCGGCUAACAGUGCCUCGGCUAAUAGUCAUUUCUACGGUAACCACUUUGCGCCAAUGAACCCGACCAGUGGUCUGUUCGACUCGUACGCUGACUCCUACCCGGUAGGCGGUGGAACGAUGGCUUCCGGUGCUGCUCCCAAACAGCAGAUGUACCCUGGUGGUGGUCAUCACCAGCAGAUGCCCAGCGCAGCCGCUCAGGCACAAACGACCUUCAAUGGUGCCCAGUACUGGUAA